UUUUUUUGAGGAAACAUUCUCCAUCCCUGCUCAGGAUGGAAGUUUUGAAGAUCUGUGUACUUAGAAGAAGUGCUGCCUCCUGCUUCUGGAGAAGGAAAGUUAUCCCAAAGCCACCAUUUAGAGGCAUUAGUACUACGUCUGCGAGGAGCACUGUCAUGCCCGCUUGGGUGAUAGAUAAAUAUGGAAAGAAUGAAGUCCUUCGGUUCACCCAGAACAUGUUGCUACCUAUUAUACACUAUCCAAACGAAGUCAUUAUCAAAGUGCAUGCUGCCAGUGUAAAUCCUAUAGACGUUAAUAUGAGAAGCGGCUAUGGAGCCACUGCUCUAAAUAUGAAGCGUGACCCUCUGCACAUGAGAACCAGAGGAGAAGAAUUUCCUCUGACUCUGGGUCGGGAUGUCUCUGGUGUGGUGAUGGAGUGUGGACUUGAUGUGAAGUAUUUCCAGCCUGGAGAUGAGGUCUGGGCUGCAGUUCCUCCUUGGAAACAAGGCACUCUCUCAGAAUUUGUUGUGGUCAGUGGGAACGAGGUCUCACACAAGCCCAAAUCGCUCACUCAUACUCAAGCUGCCUCGCUGCCAUACGUGGCGCUCACAGCCUGGUCUGCCAUAAACAAGGUCGGUGGCCUGAAUGACAGGAACUGCGUGGGGAAACGUGCGCUAAUCUUGGGUGCGUCAGGUGGAGUUGGUACUUUUGCGAUACAGGUAAUGAAAGUAUGGGGUGCCCAUGUGACGGCAGUUUGCUCGAAAGAUGCCAGCGAGCUUGUAAGGAAGCUCGGAGCAGACGAAGUCAUUGAUUACACGCUGGGAAGUGUGGAAGAGCAACUGAAGUCUCUAAAACUGUUUGACUUUAUCCUUGAUAAUGUUGGUGGAUCUACUGAAACAUGGGCUCUCAAUUUUCUCAAGAAGUGGUCAGGAGCCACCUAUGUGACUCUGGUGACUCCUUUCCUCCUGAACAUGGACCGACUGGGCAUUGCUGAUGGCAUGUUGCAGACCGGAGUCACCGUGGGUACAAAGGCAUUGAAGCAUCUCUGGCAAGGAGUUCAUUACAGAUGGGCCUUCUUCAUGGCCAGUGGCCCAUAUCUAGAUGAAAUUGCAGAACUGGUGGAUGCAGGAAAGAUUCGGCCAGUUAUUGAACGGACCUUUCCUUUUUCUGAAGUCCCAGAAGCCUUCCUGAAGGUGGAGAGAGGCCACGCCCGAGGAAAGACUGUGGUUAACGUAGUCUAAAUCAAUGUGUGCGUGCCAGCCAUCAGCUGCUGCUCUCUGCUUGCCGAGUGCCUCUGAUCCGGACAUCUGGCUCUCACCAGACAUUCUCCCAAGUCAGACUUUACAUUUCAUGAUCUGUAUAAAACCUAAAUCUGGGCUGGUGAGAGAGCUCACAGCUACGUUGCCCACAGUGCAGCGUGGCUACCUGAGUUUAGUUCCCGGAGCCCACAUGAGGGAGGGGGAGCUGAUUCCACAGGAUUGUUCUCUCGCCCCACCCCCACCCCCACGCCCACCCCCACCCAUGCACACACCUCCACAAUGAUAAAGAAAAUAUAUAAUGCAUGUGUGGGCACACGUGACAGGCGCACUUGUGGACAUCACAGAAAACCUUUGGUGUCAGUGCUUCUACCAUGUAGGUUCUGGGGUAGAACCUAGGUCAUUAUGUUUGGUGGCAGGUGCCUUUACUGAGUCAUCUCACUGGCCCAAUAAAAAAACAUUUUAAAAAUACAUGUUUUUAAAAAUACUUUUAAAAUUAAUUAUUUAAGUUGACAUACAGAAUAGUUUCUUUAUGGCAGUCCAUGUGUACAUUCAUGGAAUGUAGCCUUUUUUGCUAAUCAUUUGCCAAUGCUCAAUACAAAACAGUCAGCUCCUGCACUUGCCUAUAGUCAGUGGGAAGUACAGGGUGGCUUGUUUUAAUGUAUUUCUAUUUUCUGUCGUGUGUAUGGGUAUUUUGCUUAUAUAUAUAUAAGACACAUGGCAUGUCUUAUACCUGGGGAGGCCAGAGGAGGGUGUCAUGUGCCCCGGAACUAGAAUUAACAGGUGAUUGUGAGCUGCCAUGUAGGUGCUGGGAACUGAACCUGAGUCCUCGGGAAGAGCAGCCGGUGUACUUAACUGCAGAGUGUCUCCAGCCUCUGCACAGUGGUUUUGGUUUUGUAAUCUGUGAUCUGACCCAGCUGUGUAGAUUUUUGUGACGUUUUUGAGUUCAGACCCCACCAUCUUACCUAAUGUCUGUGAGAUUCUAAAAUGGGUCAGAACAUCUCCCGAGGACCUACAUGUGCAACAUACACUCGUGAUAAUAUUGGGAGGUGGCAGAACUUUAGGUAGGACCCAGUGGGAGGAAGUGGGGCGGUGCUGUUGGAGGAGAUACCAGGGCCCAGUUCUUUCCUGCUCCUAUGUCCUGAUCACCUGUAGGCAAGCCUGUGGAGUAUUUUCUUGACUGAUGAUUGAUGUGGGUGGGUCCAGCCCUCUGUGGGAGGUGCCAUCCCUGGGUAGGUAGUCAUGGGGUGUCUAAGAAACCAAACUGAGUAAGCUAAGGGGAGCAAGCCAGUCAGCAGCACUCCUCUGUGGCCUCUGCUUUGGUCCCCGCCUCCAGACUCCUUCAUUCCUUGAGUUCCUGCCCUCCACGAUGGACUGUAAUCUGUGAAGUGUAAUAAACCCUUUCCUCCUCAA